AUGAGUUCACAACGAUAUGAGAGGGUAUCUGCGAAUGAUGAAGAUACCCCUUCGACACCUACAUCCCCUCCACCAUCCUUCCGAUCGCGAGGCUCUUCCCCCUCUUCACGACAUCAUGCAACUCCCGUCGAUCAAAAUCUAGCGGAUACAUUUGGUGAUGAUGGAUCUGAUGAUGAGGAUAAUGAUGGAGAUGAUAGACAACGAUUAAUGCGUGGAAAUCCUUCUUCGUCAACGGAGCGACUUACGGAAACGUCGGGUGAUGAGAAUCGACCAGCUACUCAAAGAACAAUCACAGCGGUACCGACGUUUGUACCGCCGACAGGUGGAAGAGUUUAUGGUGGUGGUUCGGGAUCUGAUGGUGUCUUUGCAAAUUUAAGUGCUAAGCCUGAGAGAGGUGAGAAACAAGAAGAACAUCCACCUACAUAUGAACAAGCCGCAGCAGACGCAGCUCCACCAUAUUGGGAAACGACAAUUCUCGCACCCGGAUUCGGCGGAUUAGAUGAAGUAUAUGUCGAAGGUCUUCCCGUUGGAUCCUUAUUCUCCUUUAUCUGGAACGGUAUGAUAUCGAUGUCAUUCCAACUCGUCGGUUUCCUCCUUACAUACCUCUUGCAUACUACGCACGCCGCGAAGAAUGGAUCUCGCGCUGGUCUCGGAAUUACACUUAUACAAUAUGGUUUUUAUAUGAAAGGCACAAAUAAUGUCGUUACACCACCAUCAGGAGGAAAUGAUGCAUCAUAUGCUCAACCUCCUGACGCAAAUAGUCACGAUUUUGACCCCGACAAGGUUAACGCAGCCGCGACAGCAGGAAUGGAUUCUGGAAAUGGUGGAAUCUCGGAUAUUGCAAGUAAUGAAUGGUUUGCAUAUGCACUUAUGAUAGUUGGAUGGUUUAUCUUAAUUAGAGCUUUCAGUGACUUCAUCAGAGCGAGGAGACAUGAACAAUUGGUAUUACAAAGUCCAGAUCGUGGAUUACCAAUACCGAUAAUUGCAAGUGGUGAAGAGAAUGAGACGAUUGUCUAA